GAUUCGUGCUUCUCCCUGCGUGCACAUGAAUGAAAGUCACGGCUCCGGUCUCCUCUAAUGUGGGAUUACUGUGCUCUUUUUUUUUUUGCCUUUUUAGCCUUCAUUUCCCGCAUUUUUGGUUUUUUGAAAUGAAAAAUUGUGCCUGCCAACUUUGAUUCGUGGCGUUCUUUAAAAUGACACUGCUGAAUUCAUCUGCUGGAAGAAGACUGGAGCCAAUAUCGGCGCGCCAGCUGACUCGUCAAUGAGACUGUUAUGGAGCUAAACGCAGAGGAGACUUGAAUCUUAAGAAUUCUCCCGGCUGCUAUACCGAAAUCCAUGUUUGCACCAAGACCGGAGCCCGAAGAAGGGCUAUGGGCGUGAUAUCUUUUUCAUUUUAAUUUGUUCUUUUUCCCUCUCUCUCGUUGCUGUUGCGGAUGCGUUGGCGUUUACAGGCAUCUGCACGAUGACAACUCAUACUGAGACCCCACUUGAGUGAGCUGGGGCGUCAACACCCAGGAAACAUGCAUAUCUGGGCCCUAAAUGUAAUCCUUGUGAUUGCAUCAUCUCUAAGGCUGGUCGAGAUGUAUGACAAUUACGGGGAAAUCUGCCGCAACCUAUGCACGUGCGAGGAGAAGGAAGGCGUCCUCAUCGUCAGCUGCGAGAACCGCGGAAUCAUCAGACUGACGGAGAUCAGCCCGGUUCAGUUCUCCGCCUACCACCUCCUGCUGACGGGAAACCUGCUGAAAAAACUCUUGGUCAACGAUUUCAUCAAUUACACCGGAGUGACCAUCCUGCACUUGGGAAACAAUGACAUUUCCGAGAUCGAAUCCGGCGCCUUCAACGGGCUCCAGGGAUUAAAGAGGUUGCACUUGAAUAACAACAAAAUAGACGCUCUGAAAGAUGACACGUUCGCGGGACUGGAGAGUUUGGAAUACCUUCAGAUCGAUUAUAAUUACAUCAGCAACAUUGAGCCCAACACUUUGAGCAAGCUGCACCAACUGACGGUGAUGAUUCUGAAUGACAACUUGCUCUCUUUCAUGCCCGCUAACAUAUUUCGCAACGUCCCCCUCACGCACUUGGACCUGCGGGGGAACCGCUUAAAAAUGUUUCCGUACAUCGGGCUCCUGGAGCACAUGGACAAGGUUGUGGAAUUACAGCUGGAGGAGAAUCCGUGGAACUGCUCAUGCGAGCUGAUUGCACUCAAGGCCUGGCUGGAGAGUAUCGCCUACACGGCUCUAGUGGGAGAAGUGGUGUGCGAGACCCCUUUCAGGCUACACGGGAGGGACCUGGACGAGGUGUCCAAGCAGGAACUCUGCCCGAGGAGGCCCCAAGAGGACACGGUAAGGCCGGCGCCUCCGAGUAGCACCAACGGAUAUUACCAGACGACGCCGGCGGCCGUCACCGCCUCCGCCACUUCGUCCGCCGUCUUUCGGUCGUCUUCUCGACCUACCAAGGGCACGCGGCAAUUCAACCGGACCCGGUUAAAGCCCACGUCCCGACUCCCGGGCGGUAGCCCUUACAACUACGGCCCCAUUAUUGCUUUUCAGACCAAAUCCCCCGUGCCUUUGGACUGCCCCACCGCCUGCACGUGCAACCUGCAGAUAUCGGAAAUCGGAUUGAAUGUCAAUUGCCAAGAGCGAAAGAUCGAAAGCAUCUCUGACCUGAAACCCAAGCCAUACAAUCCGAAAAAAAUGUACCUUACCGGCAAUUACAUCCCCGUGGUACGGAGAUCAGAUUUUGUCGACGCCAUCGGAUUGGAUUUGCUUCACCUUGGAAACAACAGGAUAACUGUGAUCCAUGACAGGGCUUUUGGGGAUUUAACAAAUCUGCGUAGGCUGUAUUUAAAUGGUAAUCUCAUGGACAGGCUCACAGGGGAAAUGUUUUUUGGGUUGCAGAACUUGCAAUAUCUUUAUUUAGAAUACAAUAAAAUCAAGGAGGUUGACGGGGGCGCCUUUCGCUACCUUACCAAUCUCCAGCUGCUGUUUCUGAAUAAUAACCUCCUGAAAACAUUACCCGUGGGCAUUUUUUCCAGCCUCUCCUUGUCUCGGCUUAAUCUGCGCAACAACCGCUUCCAAAACCUGCCUGUGAGCGGUGUUUUAGACCAGCUCAAGCUACUGGUGCAGAUCGAUCUCUUCGAGAACCCCUGGGACUGCUCCUGCGAUAUCGUGGGAAUGAAAAUAUGGCUGGAGCAGCUCGGCGCCGGCACCGUGGUCAACGAGGUCGUGUGCGAGACGCCCAAACGCCACGCCAAAACCGACCUGCGUUCCGUCUCGUCGGAGCAGCUGUGCCCCGACUACUCCGACGCCUACGUUUCGCCCGCCUCCCCCACCGAGGAGCCGCUAGACGACCGGGCCGUCCCCACGGACGCGCCCCGCAAAUUCAACUCCCCCGGCGGCACCGUCCCCCUCUCCGUCCUGAUCCUGAGCCUCUUGCUGGUCUUCAUCAUGUCCGUCUUUGUGGCGGCGGGCCUGUUCGUGGUGGUGAUGAAGAAGCGCAAGAAAUCCCAGAGCGACCGCGCCAGCACCAACAACUCUGACGUCAGCUCCUUCAAUUUGCAGUACAGCCUCUACAGCAACCGCUCCGGCCCGAAAGCCAAGGCGCCGGCCGGUCACGUCUACGAGUACAUUCCGCAUCCCAUGGGUCACAUGUGCAAAAACCCUAUUUACAGAUCCAGGGAAGGGAACGCAGUGGAGGAUUACCGCGACCUUCACGAGCUCAAGGUGACUUACAGGAGUACCCCGGACGAGGAGAGGAAUCGCAGCAUGCUGAGGAGCCCCGCGUACAGCGUCAGCACCAUCGAACCGCGCGACGACCCCUCCCCGGUCCAGGAUGCGGACCACUUCUUCAGAGGGAUCCUGGAGGCCGAUAAGCAGUCUCCUCAUCAAUCCAUCCCGGCCCUCCCGGUGGGGGCGAAUCUAGAGUACAAGUACACCGGCCCGGUGUCGUACACCUACAACCCCAAUUUUGAUGUCAGGCGCCAGUUCUUGCACCCGGACAGGAUUAGAGAAACGGUGCUCUACGGCACAUCGCCCAGUACUGUUUACGUGGAGCCCAACAGAAACGAAUACUUGGAGUUAAAAGCAAAACUGCAGUCUGAGCCCGAUUACCUCGAAGUUCUUGAGAAACAGACCACCUUCAGCCAGUUCUGAGCCGCAAAGUCAUGCAAAAUGAAGCAUUUUGUCCCGUUUUAACCCUUCGGGAAACUCGGGUGCCUUGGCACAUACGGUACACGGACAAGCAGGAGGAAAGUUCUGCGGGGUGUGCCGAACAGUCUUCUUUUUAUUUGUGCGACGUGACAUUACGAGAACGGCGGAUGAACACAAAUUGCUAACUAACAAUGCAAAUUUUAUUUUUAUAUAGCAAUGAUUUGAAGUGUAUAGGUAUGCCCAGCUUCAAAUUCAGGAAUAAAACGACGCGUAGGGUUUAUGGUCACAGCCAGAAAAUAGAAAAAAAAAAUGUUGAUACAAUCACCCCCUGGAAAAAGAAAAAAAAACAGCAACAGAAAACAAAACAAACUGUACAGCAGAUGAUAAAACUGUGUAGGAUUAUUUCCUGCUGUAGUCUGUAAGUAAGUAUUUAUUGAUAUAACCUGCCAUGUUUCAAUAUCAAACUUUUGAUUCAACAUCAACCUGUGUCAUACAUCACCAUUUUCCGAAGGAAGAAAAAAAAAGGCUUUUGUUCGGUUGUUUCAUUUCCUGUAGCUUGGCAUUGUAAAGUGGCUUUCUAGUUUUCGAAGGAAAUGGCACACCCCAAAUAUAUAUACAUAUUUUAUAUAUAUGACUGUGUCAAUUGACGAGGAAGACAAAAAAAAAAAAAGAAGCGUCUUUGUAUGAUUUCAGCACUUUUUUGGGAAUUAGAAGACAAGCUCACCAGAUCUCAUAUAAACAGAGAGGAUUACAGGUAGUCCCCGGGUUACGGCGCACGCGAUUUCGACUUUACGAGGCAGGAGUCUCAUCCGCCAUUUUGUUAGUUGCGUAAACAGUAUCUUAUUGUACCUUUCAGAAUCUUAUUUUUUUAUUAUUAAAAAAUGUUCUGUCCUCACUAAAGGUGAAGUUGUUCAGCUUUACAGACAUCAAACAAUCGUGGUUUUUGAAGCUUUUUACUUCCUUCACGUUUGCAAAACUGUAACACACAUACAUGUACUCUUAUGCAGGAGUAAAAGUGGCUAGAAUUUCCUGCCGGAACUCCCUGACUCCUUUUUUUAAAUAUUGUUUAGGGGCGGUGGGGGACAUUGAGGGGGGAGGUCCUUCUUCCUACAACCACUAAAAUUCAAAAACUACCUUUGGCACAGUUAUAAAUAUACCGUAUUGGCUCGAAUAUAAGACGGCCCUGAUUAUAAGAAGACGACCCCCUUUUUCAAGACUCAAGUUUGAAAAACGACUUUUUGAGCACCAAAUUAAUUUUUAUACAGAAAAUAAUUACAUUACAUCCAGGGGUGAAAGUGGCUAGAAUUUCUCCCAGACGUAAAGAUCGUUACGGAGCCAGAAAUUGUAUUUAUCUAUUUAUUCAUUUCAUUUGGGGUGGGGGUCAAACCUCUUAAACUACUGAAAUGCAAAGAAAACUGUUUUAGCACAGUUAUUUCUAUAACAUAUACAAAAACUGAUUGUCAUUCAAAAUUGUAUUUUUUCCAAAAUAAAAGUAAACAAAAACAGCAAUAACCCCAACCCUCAUCUCCUAAUUUUUAUUUUCCCUCAUUUCCUCACAUACUAAAUGCCAAAUCUCAAUUUGAACUACUUAAGAACAUAAGACAUUAUAUUGAAAUUGAAGUUAAAGUAAACGUUUUUUUUUUUUUAAUAAUAAAGUUAUAAGUAACAUACAUGCAAAGUGAAAUGGACUAUAUUUUGAAGAUCAUGCAAACAUUGACUUUUUGAAAUCAUAAGGAAAUGAAUAAGUAGCCUAACAUAAAUAUAAGUCCAAAGUGCACAUUGACAACUAAGAAGUUCUGAACCUCCCCAUCAGAGUAAACAAAACUUAAUAUGAUAAAUAAGCCUCCUCAAUCCUUUCGUAGCUCUUAAAGGUUUGAUCCAUUUUAUGUUGCAUUGCCCUUUUUUUUGUCGCAUCAAUUCAAACAUUUUUUUUUUUUUUUUUGCUGUUCCAGAAAACAUGCACAUUUAAACCAAUCAGAGCUAACCAUCUCUGCUGAUCACAUCAGUAUGUCAGUCAAUUGAAUGGAUAAAUGGCGUUUUGCUUUGUUGCGUGCAUUCGCACAUUGACGUGACUCAUAAUCGUCAGACUCAGAUAACUGCAGCAUCUGGGGAUACCUCCAUGCUGUCUGUGGAAUAAAAUCAAUAAUAAAUGCAUGCAUGUGUGGCAGCUUAGCAUUUUUAUAUUUUUUGCGUUUUGACAGUUGCUGUCAUAUUUUCAUAAUCAAAGCACCGUGUACCGGAACAGCAUUCCGGCCCUGAAUCUUAUACCGGAACUGCGUUCUGGCCCUGAAUCUUAUACCGGAACUACGUUCCUGACAGUUCUGGCCCACUUUCACCCCUGAUUACAUCUGAAACAAAUGAUUAUGACAAUAUAUUUGAGAGAAAAAGCAUAUUAUUUUGCCUUAUUCAAAUCUUAAUAUCUGAACUAGGGCUGUCAAAAUGACUGCGUUAACGCGCGGUAAUUAAUAUUUUUAAUUAAUCACGUUAAAAUAUUUGACGCAAUUAACGCACAUGCCCUGCUCAAACAUAUUAAAAUGACAGCACAGUGGAGUUUCCGCUUGUUACAUGUUUUUUGGUGUUUGGCGCCCUCUGCUGGCGCUUGGGUCCAACUGAUUUUAUGGGUUAGUACCAUGAGUGAGCAUGGUGUAAUUAUUGACAUCAACAAUGGCGAGCUACUAGUUUAUUUUUUGAUUGAAAAUUUCACAAAUUUUAAUUAAACAAAAACAUUAAGAGGGGUUUUAAUAUAAAAUUUCUAUAACAUUUAUCUUUUAAGAACUACAAGUCUUUCUAUCCGUGGAUCACUUUAAGAGAAUGUUAAUAAUGUUAAUGCCAUCUUGUUGAUUUAUUGUUAUAAUAAACAAAUACAGUACUUGUGUACCGUAUGUUGAAUGUAUAUAUCAGUCUUGUGUCUUAUCUUUCCAUUCCAACAAUAAUUAAUAGAAAAAUAUGGCAUAUUUUAUAGAUGGUUUGAAUUGCAAUUAAUUACGAUUAAUUAAUUUUUAAGCUGUAAUUAACUCGAUUAAAAAUUUUAAUCGUUUGACAGCCCUAAUCUGAACAUUUAAAUAUGUAAACUAAAGUGCAAUCACAUUCGUAAAUGAAUGGCUUCUGGUUUUUGAAAUGUAAAUAAACCAAUCUAUUGUGAUAAAACAACAAAAGUGCAAUAACUGCAUUAACCAUCAAAGUGAAGUCUAACUGUAACUAGUCUUGAAACAAAUCUGAAUAAGGAAAACCACUGCAAUAAAACAAUGCAAACUGUUUAAAUGAGAGUAGCUGAGCUCUGUCAUGACAGAACAUCACUUCAAUGAUAUCUGGCGCCAUCUAGCGUCAUGAAUGGAGAGAGUAGCUGAGAUCUGUCAUGACAGAACGUCGUUUCAAAGAUAUCUGGCGCCAUCUAGCGUCAUGAAUGGGCAGAGUAGCUGAGAUCUGUCAUGACAGAACAUUGCUUCAAUGAUAUUUGGCACCAUCUAGCGUCGUGAAUGGGUAUAAUGUCUAGACCACGAAUAUAUGACGACCCCCUCUUUUUCCGUCUUAUUUCAAUGCAAAAAACACCGUCUUAUAUUCGGGCCAAUAUGGUAAUAUACAAUAAAACACAAAAGGUUUCACACACACAGUGGUUAGCACGUUUCCCUCACAGUUCUGAGAUCAAGGGUUCAAUCCCAGACUCCGGCCUUCCUUUUUGGAGUUCACAUGCUCUCCCCGUGCCUGUGGGGGUUAUCUCCGGGCACUCCGGUUUCCCUCCACAUCCCAAAAACAUCCAUGGUAGGUUGAUCGAACACUCUAAAUUGUCCCUAGGUAUGACCCUUGUGAGGAUAAGCAGCUCGGAAAAUGAAUGAAUGCAUGAAAGAUUACACACAUGCAUUUGGCUACUGCAUUCCACUGGAACAAGGACAAACUGAUUUCCAUUCAAAAUUGUAGUUUUUCACUGAUUUACAAAAUUCCAUCUAAAACUCAAUCUAAUUGUUAUUUUCCUUCAUUUUCUCAAAUCUAAAAGCAAAACCUCGAAGAACAUAGGAUGCACUUUAAAAUUGAAGAUUAUGUAAACAUUGACUUUAUUUUUUUUUCAAAGUAAGAUAUAAUUAACAUACAUUAACAAUUUAAUAAGUACAAAUGACAUACAUUAUGCACAGUGAAAUGGAAUAUAUUUUCAAGACAAAGCAAACAUUGACUUUUUUUUUUAAUUAUCAGGAAAUAAAUAAGUAGCUUUACAUAAAUGAAGUCCAAAGUGACAUGGAAACAUGGAAGAUCAAAAUGAAAUAAACAUCAUGAAUUCUUUCCUUUCUCUUAAAGAUCUGAUCAAUUUUCCGUUGCAUUGCUCCUUUAAUUCAACAAGCUCAAUUUGUUGUUCCAAAAAAUGGAGAGGGCUCUAGCUGCAAACCGCCCUUCUCAGGCUCCUCUUCCGCUCAUCUCGGUCCUCUGUUUUGCACCCAACUCUCUUGGGGAGAGAAAACGUGCAUUUGAACCAAUCAGAGCUAACAAUCCUUGCUGAUCACAUGUCAGUAUGUCAGCCACCGUUUGACACCGCUUGUCAGAUACAGAGAGAGACCCUGGGAAGAACUACUUAGAAUAAAUAAAUGAAUACUAAAUAUAGGUGGAAACGGAUCACGGUACACAAGCACUAUAUUAGGCUUGUUGUUAAAACUUGUGUAUGUAAAUCUGGGGUUAGUAGAUUGUUCUUAUUGGAGAUGUAUGCCAGAAUGGCGUUCCGCCUCAAAAUUUCAUACCGGUACGCCGUUCCGGCUCCUUACGGCCCACUUUCACCUCUGCUCUUAUGUUCAAAAUGACACGCAUUUUAACAAUUAAACACUGAACACAAAGCAAUUGGCGUUCAGACGUCCAUCUAGUCUGAUCAAUAUGUAAAUUUAACUGAUUAAAUUUGCCCAACAAAAGUCUGCUAGCUUAAAUGCUACGAAUGCUAAUGUAUUUAGAAUUCUCAUCGCAAAUCGCUCACACAUAACAGCACAAGCUGUGGCGCAGUCGGUAGCUGGAGUUGUCCUGGGACCGAAGGGUCAGCGGUUUGAUUUCCGGCUACGACUGCCCACUGCCAAAGUGCCCUAGUGCAAGGCACUGAACCUUAAUUUGCCCCCAAUGGGUUGGCAGUGCCUUGUAUGGCAGCAACACCAUUAGUGUGUUAGUGUGAAAGAUAAAUGUGUGCUAAUGUAAAGAGCUAUUGCCGUUGUAAUGAUGUAGAUAAAUGCGCUAUAUAAGUGUUCUCCAUUUACCAUCUUUAAACGUCACGUAUUUUAACAGUAAAACACUUGACACAAAGCAUUCAGUGUUAAAAUGUCCAUCUCCUCUGAUCAAUAUGUAAAUUUAGCAGAUUAAAUUAGCCUAAUUUGCCUAACAAAAGCCCGCUAGCUUGAAUGCUACGAAUGCUAACGUAUUUACAAUUCUCAUGGCAAAUCGCUCACGCAUAACACCACAAGCUGUGGCACAGUUGGUAGCUGAAGUUGUCCUGGUACUAAAGGUUCAGCGGUUCGAUUCCUGGCUAAGACUGCCAACUGUCGAAGUGCCUUUGGGUAAGGCACUGAACCCUAAUGUGCCCCCGAUGAAUUGGCAGCGCCUUGCAUUGGCAGCAGCACCAUCGGUGUGUCAAUGUGUGCGUGAAAGGGUAAAUGUGUGCUAAUGUCUAAACGUCACGCAUUUUACCAAUCAAAGCAAUUGCGGUUCAAGCGUCCAUCAAGUCUGAUCAAUAUGUAAAUUUAGCACAUUAAAUUAGCCUAAUUUGCCUCACAAAAGUCCGCUAGGUUAAAUGCUACGUAUGCUAACGAAUUUACAAUUUUCAUAGCAAAUCACUCACAAAUAACACCACAACUGUGGCGCAGUUUGUAGCCGUAGUUGUCCUGAAGAGUCAGCAGUUCAUUUCCCGGCUACGACUGCCCACUGUCAAAAAUCUCUUGGGCAAAGCACUGAACCUUAAUUUGCACCCAAUGGGUUGGCAGUGCCCUGCAUGGCAGCAGCACCAUUGGUGUGUGAAUGUGUGCUAAUGUAAAGCGCUUUGGGCAUUGCAGCAAUGUAGAUCAGGGGUCCCCAAACUACAGCCCGCCUCCACAUUUGGUCCGGCCCCCUGAACAAUACCAGAAAGCAUUUUUAUUUUAUUUAUUUUUUUCUCAAUAGUGUUAUUUAUUUCCUGGCCUUUUUCUGUGAAGAACUUAUUUGGUUAUUAUCUAUUUUAUUAAUAUUGUUAUUAUUAUUUAUUAAUAUAUUAUAUUAUUAUUUUAUUUACUUUUGUUCCGUGAAGAAUCCAGAAAGGGUUAUUUGAUUGUGGCUUUCUGAAAAACAAUAAUUUUUUACAUUUAGGCACUCCUGCAAUCACACUUUUUCUGUGACAAACUGACCCCGGCCCCUCCUCAGAGAAGGGAAAAGUUAUGUUGCCCUCACAGGAAAAGGUUUGGGGACCCCUUAUGUAGAUAAAUGCACUAUAUAAGUACUCUCCAUUUACCAUCUCUAAACGACACAGAUUUUAACAAUAAAACAAUUGACACAAAGCAAUUAAGCGUCCAUGUACUGUUUACAUAGACUGACGCUGGGCUGCUAUAGGUGUGCAAACACCCCAGUAAUGGCAGCCAACCACUAGAUGGUGACGUACACAAAUCUGUACUCGGAAUAGUCAAUAGAGUAGACAGGCAUAUUGAUGUGUCAAGAGGCACAGGCCAGAUUGCGGUCGUUAACAUUUGAUUUAUUAUUUCUCUGCAGCCCGGUAGCACGGACCGGUACUGGUCCCCGGCCCUGGGGUUGAAGAUCACUGACGUAAUGUACACCUGUUCAAAAUGACACGCACUUUAAAAAUAAAACUUUUUACACAAAAGAUAUUGUGUUCAAACAUCCAUCUAGUCCAAUCUAUAUGAAAAUUUAGCAGAUUAAAUUAGCAGACUUUUGUUGGGCAAAUUAGAACGCUACGAAUGCUAACGCAAAAACUUCAUUAUAAAUGCAUACUAGGCCUGAACGAUAUUUGAAAAAAACUAUCAUUGCGAUUUUUGGGGGGGUUUGCGAUAAAUUGCGAUAUCAUAUAUAUAUAUUAUAGCUAAUAAAAGAGAUCCAGGAUCUGCACACUUCCUGCUUUUCUGAAGUAAAACUAAAGUUUACAUGUUUAAAAAAAAAAAAAAAAACAUUGCACUUCCUGCGAUGUGACUAUUGGGCAUGCGCACAUUGCGAUGGCGAUGUUCAAACGUUAUAUUUUGCAGGCCUAAUGCAUACACAAACAUAUAUUAGCUGAAACAAUUUACAGCCUUAUGUGGGCCAAACUAGAGUGAAGCUGUCCUUUAUCCAUGUCAGAUGUCCAGCCAAACCCAACACUGCCACCAGAGGGCAGUGUAUCAUCCAUCAUUAAACAAAAUAAAACCUUUAGCACUUUUUGCGUAGUUAAUUUGUAGGAGUUAAUCGUAACUUACGCGGAAAUUCUGGUUAUGUCGCCAGCGUAGGAACGGAACUUGUUUGUAACCCGUGGACUACCUGUAUUUUCAAAUGAAUCGGGGUGUUCAUUCUUAAUAUAUAGAGUUAUCGAAACAAACAAGAAAAAAAAGACUCCUAAGUAUGAUUUGAUUAUGUUGUGUAAUGAUGCUAUUUUAGUCUGUGUAACACCUAUUUUUAUACAAGCAUUGGCAGAAUCUCUAUCCCUAAUCAAGUCUAUGUUUUGGAUUGCUUUGCACUUCUUGCACUAUAUUGACCAAACUAUGUUGUUGUCAUCAAAUAAACAUGAUGUCGGUUCUCAUGAUAUGAGUAGUGCAAAAAUAUGAGGAGCUGGGAAGGGGGGAGGGCAGCCAAAUGGGGAAUAUGUAUUAUGUAAGUAUAGACUCUGAGGUCUAUGUUAUAUACGGUAUGUGAGGAAAAGGAAGGAGCCCUAGGCUACUUUUUUCCUUCAUUCACAGCCAUUGACAGCGAUAAACGUCAAACGCCUGACAUUGAAUUCAUGUUUUAGUGCUGUUGACGGUGAUAGAUGUCCAAUCAAUUUUCCAAGUUUGAUGGUCGGUUUCCUUAGAUUUAGUGUUUUAAAUGGUUAAAAAAAGAAGUUAUAGUGGUACCUCUACUUACGCACUUCUCUACAAAGAGAAUUUUCAAGUAAAGACACGCCUCAACGUGAAAAUAUUGCCUCUUGUUAUGAAAGAAAUUUUAAGGAUACAAAAGGCGAAAAUACCGUAUGGUUGGGACUCGCAGCUUCCAGAGUUUACUGAUCGUAACAUGCUUAUAGCUGCUCUGCCAUUGGCUAUUACCUAGCAUUGUGUUUAUUGUGCAAUGAUCUAAUUGUAACAUGUAUUUGUUACAUGUGUUGAUGCAUUUUUAUGCAUUAUAAAAGAGUUAUGUCUGAAUUUUGGGGUUCUUGGAAAGAACGCAUCUCUACUUACAGAAUUUUCAGGUUACAAAACUACUUCCAGAACCAAUUAAUAUCAUGAGUAGAGGUACCAUUGUACUAUGCGGUCACCCAAAAAAUUUUUUUUAGAGCUUAUCUGGUUGUCCAUCAUGGUCAACGGCAGCCAGUGAGUUAAUAACAAUGGUCAAAAAACAAAAAAAGUUCAGUUAUUUUAAGUCUUACAGCUGUUUUAAAGCAUUGUUUUGGGUGCUGAAUCUAAAUAUGAUUUUAGUUUUUUCCCAGUUAUACUAACUUAAGAUUUGAAUUGGACAUAAUUUUGAUUUUUUUCUUUUUAGUAUUCCUGGCUCAUUCUAUCAAGUGGAUUUGGAAACUUAAAAUUUUGAGUUGAAACUUCUUAAUGGAAGUCCAGGUUCCAUAAAGUUUGGAGUUUUUAAAAUCAUAAAUUGUUUUAUUUUUUUGUUUAGUUUAGUUUAGUUCUCCAUCAAAAGUGCCUUGUUUUUUUGUUUAUUCCUGACUUACAGUAUGUAUAUCCAUUUAAUGUUGUAAACUUUAAAAUUUGAGUUUUAAUUAGCGGGAGUCCAGUUAAAUUAAAAUUUUGAGUUAUAAUGACAUAGCGGAAAUCCAGUUUAAUCAAAAUAUUGUGUUUUACCUGAUUUUUUUUUUUUUUUUACAUUUUUUUCCAUCAAAAUCUGACUUGAAUUAUCAUAUUCUGCAUCCCUUAUUAUUAUUUUUACAGCGUUGUUUCAACAUGUCCACAAUCACAUCCUUUGCAAAAAUUAAUUAUAAUAAUUAGAAAAAACGAGUUCAAUAAGCGUUGCAAAUAUGCCUUUUUUUUAAAAAUAUAUAUUUUUUGUUUGUGAUAUUUUGUUUCCCAUUAAAACAAUCCCAUAUGUUAAAUAAAGUUUUUAUAUAAAAUGCAUACAGUGGUAUGAAAAAGUAUUGGAACUUUUUGGAAUUUCUCAGAUUUCUGCAUAAAAUCACUAUCAAAUGUGAAAUAUGCAAUAUGAAAACCUAUAAAUGCUUGGGUGGUGUUAGCCAAAGCAGACACUGUUUUACAUCUGUGUGAUUUUAACAAAGAUCAGAUCACAUUUGAUGUUGAUUUUAUGCAGAAAUGUGAGAAAUUUCAAACCACUGUAGUUGAAAAAAAUUGUACGGAAAAACAGAAAAACUAAUAUCAGCUUUGGAUUCUGCACCCAAAUUACGUAAAAUAUUUAUAGCGGUUAGACCUAAAACGAUAACAAUAAUAUUGCCCGGUGUAAUCAAAUAACCCAAUAAUCUAAUACAAAUGGACCUAGACUAUCAUUAAUGGAUUAGGACAGGGGUCAGCUACCUAUUACACUCUGAAAGCCAUUUUGGUCCAGUUUCCAUGGAGGAGGGGAGACAGCACUGGGAGCUGGACAUGCUUUUUGUCAUCUGAAAUGAAUGUUAACUUGGGUACAUCUAUAAAUAUGAGUACAUGCUGUUAUGUUAACGGAUAACACAUUGUUAUUCUCAGAACACUCACCCAUGACAUGAAUUCACCAAUUAUGUAAAGUCACGGUGCCACUCAGAAGGUGUACCCAUAACGCUUGUGCGUAUACAAGUGGCCUAAGUGUUCUGUUAAAAAAAAAAAACCUGACUGGUUCGACUUACUAAAAGGAAGCUAAUUUCCUAUAUUAUAACUUGUAAGGGCAACAACGGCGCAAAGGCUUGUGGGUAAACCUUCUGAGUGGCACUGUGACUUUACAUAUAGUGGUAUGAAAAAGUAUCUGACCCUUUUGGAAUUUCCCACAUUUUUUACAUAAAAUCACACAAUUGACAAAACAGUGUCUGCUUUAACUAAAACAACCCAAACAUUCAUAGGUUUUCAUAUUUUAAUGAGGGUAGCAUGCAAACAAUCACAGAAGAAGGAAAAAUAAGUAAGCGAACCCUCUGCCUAAGGAGACUUAAAGAGCAAUUAAAACAAUUUUUACCAAACAUUUUAAUUCAGGUGUGUGCCCAAUCACUGAUGAGUGGAAUAAAGCUGCCCUGCCCAUUAUAAAACACACACCUGGUAAGAAAUGUUUUGAUGAGAAGCAUUGUCUGAUGUCAAUCAUGGCUCGGUCAAAACAGCUGUCUGAAGACCAAUUAAGCAUUGUUGAUUUGUAUAAAGCUGGGAAAGGAUACAAAACCAUAUCUAAAAGUCCGGCUGUUCAUCAAUCGACAGUCAGAAACGUUGUCUACAAAUGGACAGAGUUUGGCACUGUUGCUUCUCUCCCAAGGAGUGGCCGUCCACCAAAGAUAAUGCCAAGAGUUCAGUGUAGAAUACUCAGAGAGGUAAAAAAGAACCCUAGAGCGUCUGCUAAAGACUUACAGACAUCACAUAUACUGUAUGUACAACUAUAGCCUAGAAUGGUGUUCAUGGGAGGACUCCACGGAGGAAGCCAUUGCUGUCAAAAAAAAAAAAAAAAAACCUGCUCAUUUAAUGUUUGCAAAAACGCACUUACACACUUCAAGUUUUGGCAAAAUAUUUUGUGGACUGAUGAAACCAAAGUUGAAUUGUUUGGGUGUAACACACAAUGUCGUGUGUGGAGAAAAAAAUUGAACAACUCACCUCAUCCCCACCAUGAAGCAUGGUGGAGGGAGCAUCCAUCAUGAUUUGGGGCUGUUUUGCUACCUCAGGGCCUGGACAACUUGUAAUCAUUAAUGUAAGAAUGAAUUCAAAAGUUUUGCAGGAAAACCUGAGACCAUCUGUCAGACAGAUGAAGCUAAAAAGAGCAUGAAUGCUGCAACAAUACAAUGAUCCAUAACACAGAAGUAAAUCAACUUGAACCUCAUUGAGAUGCUGUAGUGUGACCUAAAGACAGCGAUUCAUGCCAGACAUUCCAGGAAUCCCACUGAACUAGAGCAAUUUUGUAGAGAGGAAUGGGCCAAGAUUAGUCCUGAUCGAUGUGCCAGACUGAUCUGCAGCUACAGGAAGCGUCUGGUUGAAGUUACUUUUGGCGCAAAACAUUAAAUGUGAUGGUUCACUUACUUAUUUUUCCCCCUUCUGUAAUUGUUUGCAUACUAUCCUCAUUAAAAUAUGAAAACCUAUAAAUGUUUGGGUGGUUUUAGUUCAAGCAGAAACUGUUUUUUCAUCUGUGCGAUUUUGACAAAGAUCAGAUCACAUUUGAUGGUGAUUUAAUGCAGAAAUGUGAGAAAUUCCAAAAGGUUCAGAAACGUUCAUGCCACUCUAGUUGGUGAAUUCGUGACACGUGGGAUUGUUCUGUUCAAAAAAAAAAAAAAAAAAAAAAAGGUACACAACUGAAGCCUGACUUUUUCUGCUUACUAAAGAAAAGCUAAUUUUUUUGUGAAAAAUCUCAUAAAUGCAACAUUAUAUUUUAAUCAACUAUCCACGUUUAAUUUGUAAAUUUGAGCCACAUCAAUAGCCGAAUGUGGCUCCAGAGCCGCGGGUUGUCUACCCCCGAAUUAGGAUGUCAGUGAUUCACUCAAGGUGUAUCAAAUGUCUCCAGUUAUGCGUGUUUUGUCGAGCGUUAUACCCAAAAGCAUGACAAAUUCACCACAACGGCCUUGAGAUUAUUUUUUGUUUUCAUUUUUAUAAGUAUCCCCAAAACAACAAAGCACCGCCUCUGGAUUUAGAGUCGGCUGUUUUCUAUUUUAAAUCCUUAAGUAAACAUCCCACACAUGUGAUUUUUGUGAAAUGACCAAAAAUAGUUGACCCACUUCAAUUCAGUAUAUAAGGAGGUUUAUAAAAACGCGGCACGCAAAUGCGAUUCGUGGCUUUACGUCUUUGAAUGUCAGAUUUCUUUUGUUUCACCGCGGCUACCUUUUGUGCAAAUGAGCCGCCAUCUUUUCAUGAAAGAAGCGAUGAGAGCAGAAGGCACCAUUUGGGAGAUGAGGAAUCCUGGAACUGAGUGUAACUGUGGACAUGUCACAGACGUGAGCAGGGGCAGUGAAUCAUAGCCAGGAUGUGUGUGUGUGUGUGUGUGUUUGUUUCUCUAUGUGUGUGUGCGCGUUGGCCUUUCAGAUCAGUUUGGCUGACAGCAUUUUUGUUUUAUGUACAUGCAUAUAUAUUUUUUCGCUGCUUACGCGCCAAAUCUUUAAUUAGAAUGGACUAGCAGUGCGGCCCGACGUUGCUCGGGUUUGUGUAACGUGAACGCAAUACAACCGAAUCGCAGAUAAAACAUACUUUCCUGAGAAAUGCAGCUGUAAUGUAGUAAUAGGAAAAGGACACCAUAAAGGGGGUAAUGAGCAAUCGCUUUUCCAGCUCUCUGUACAGUAUUUUAGAGAACAAUGAGAGAGACAGUUUUUAUGUUUCACACAUGCUGCUUUUGUGCCCCAAACACCGCACGCACCAAGAGACAGCACCUCUAAUGCACAUAAAACACCACAACAUAACGAAUAACAAUUGAAGGGAUUCUGACCUUUUAGCCAAAUUACCGGAAUCAAGCCAGCCGAACAGCCAGACCCGCGCUGGCGCAGCUCCAACGACCCAGGCCGGCGAGACCCCGAAAGCCCGGCCAAAAGGCCAAACUCCGCGCCUUCACCCUAGUCUUAACCAGGGGUGAAAUUGGCUAGAAUUUGUUGCCGGAACUCCCCGACGUGAAGGUCGCCAGGGAGCCAGAAAUUUAAAAUUUUUUUUUUUUCCUUUUCUUUUU